CAGAUCAAACGUCACUGAGCCCAGCAAUAUUUCAUUUACGAUAUUAUUGUAUAAAAUCAUUAAAUAACACUAAUAGUAUAAUGUCUUAAAAAUAAAUUAAUGAAAAAAGUUAACCCCGAUUCAUCAUCAUGAUGAAUUCUCUACAAAACACCGCUAAAUAUUUGCGGUUGAUAAACAUCAAAACAGCUCUAAAUACGCUAAAGGAAUGUAAACCAUCAAAUAUAAAACCAGUUUCGGUGUCUAAACACGAUGUUUUCCCAAAGGCUAGAGUAAUUUCUUUUUCUCCAAGAGAAAUCGGUGUAGAGAUUAAUGAAAAGCCGAUAAUAGCCAGGAUUAAGCAGGAUCCUAUUCCGUACAUCCCUAUAAUCAACCCGCGGUCAAUUCUGCCUCUAGUAGAAGACUGGAGAAAGGAUGAAGUGGGGCUGCCAGCGAUUAAGCAAGAUGAGAUUCAGGCAGCUCGGCUGAUUGUUAUUAGGAGGAAGAAAAUGAAGAAGCAUCAUAGGAGGAAGCUCUGGAAGAGGAUGAGGCAUCGCUGGGCAAGGAUAAAGCAACGCCGCCGCCAAAUCAAGGAGAAGGCCUUCCAAAACGAACUUCUGGCCCUCAUCAAGAAUGCCAACGAAUUCUCAGCCGAACAGUACGUGGCCAGCAAACUGGAGAAGGCUAACCACACCCCGCUACCCACCAGGUGGCGCCACAAGCGUUUGCCUGAGUUUAUUAUACGGCAAUUGCUUGGUAUUGAUAAGAAGAUCAAUUAUAAACACAAUGACAAGUAUAAGGCUUGAGUGUGACGUAGUAAAAUAAAGUAGA